AGGAUUAAUCGCCAUCCUUGGUCCCAGCUCCCUGAUUGACAGCUGAAUCCCUAUGCCUGCUGCUUAGCAUGCGUCCAGCCUGCCUUGCAUGACACUGCCACUGCCUCUCUCACAGAGCCGCAUCAGCACCAGAAGCAGCUUCCAAAUCUGUGGAGGGCUCAGCUCAUGCACAGCCCUAUCUGCACGGAAUCCAAUUAAAACGCAGAAGAGACACAGGCAGCUCUACACUCUUUUCUUCCGAUAGAGAUUUCUGCAUUUUCAAGUCCCAGCAGACGUCCCCUCUCUCUUCACUCCAUAAGUGAUUGGAGCAAAGAUGUAAAAAGAAGAAAAAAAAAAAAAGAUUAAAGAGGGGAGGGGGACAAAUAACGGUGAAGGGGGAGGAAAACCUUAUGUCCCCUUUCUACACUAUCAUGGUGGAUGUAUGGACAGUUUUGCAGAGCAAAGGUUGACACCUCAAAAUCUUCCAGCCCCUCAGCUUGAUCAUUAUAAUGUAUUGCACUGCACUAUGACCUUGGAUGUCCAAACUGUGGUGGUUUUUGCAGUGAUCGUCGUCCUACUGCUGGUGAACGUGAUUCUCAUGUUUUUCCUGAGCACUCGUUAA